GUUAGGAGCAGCCGCGCCCCCCUCCCCGCGGCAGCAGCUUCCCCCCCCUCCCUUCGCCCAGCUUUCUCAGAUCCGCUCACAGCCGCGUGCGCCCUGGCCGGUGCGCCCGGGCAGCGCCAGCCAUGUCGAUGCUGCCGUCGUUUGGUUUUACGCAAGAGCAAGUGGCGUGCGUGUGCGAGGUUCUGCAGCAAGGCGGGAACCUGGAACGCCUGGGAAGGUUCUUGUGGUCGCUGCCCGCCUGCGACCACCUGCAUAAGAACGAGAGCGUGCUCAAGGCCAAGGCGGUGGUCGCCUUCCACCGCGGCAACUUCCGCGAGCUCUACAAGAUCCUGGAGAGCCACCAGUUCUCGCCCCACAACCACCCCAAACUGCAGCAGCUGUGGCUGAAAGCGCACUACGUGGAGGCCGAGAAACUUCGCGGUCGACCGCUGGGUGCCGUGGGCAAAUAUCGGGUACGCCGAAAAUUCCCGCUGCCGCGAACCAUCUGGGAUGGCGAGGAGACCAGCUACUGCUUCAAGGAGAAGUCGCGGGGCGUGUUGAGGGAGUGGUACGCGCACAACCCCUACCCCUCGCCGCGGGAAAAGCGGGAGCUGGCUGAGGCCACCGGCCUCACCACCACCCAGGUCAGCAAUUGGUUUAAGAACCGGAGGCAAAGAGACCGGGCUGCCGAGGCCAAGGAAAGGGAGAACACUGAAAACAAUAACUCCUCCUCCAACAAGCAGAAUCAACUCUCUCCUCUGGAAGGGGGCAAGCCGCUCAUGUCCAGCUCAGAAGAGGAAUUCUCACCUCCCCAAAGUCCAGACCAGAACUCGGUCCUUCUGCUACAGAGCAAUAUGGGCCACCCCAGGAGCUCAAACUAUUCUCUCCCAGGCCUAACGGCCUCACAGCCCAGCCAUGGCCUGCAAGCGCACCAGCAUCAGCUCCAGGACUCUCUACUGGGCCCACUCACCUCCAGUCUGGUGGACUUGGGUUCCUAA